AUGCGGCUCAAUCUCCUUCGUCUCAGGGACCGGCUCUCCAUCACUCCAUGGCUGGAGAGGAGUUUACUUUCCUUCUCCUUCUGCCCAGUUCUGGCAAACCAAGCGGCUUCUUAUUGUAGCAGAACAAGAGGAGGUCAGAAAACUUGGGAAGGUCCCAGCGUAUUACAGAAAACGACGUUCUUUGGAGCCAAUCUACUUUUGGACGGAAAAGUUGCCGAAAACAAAGUGGUUUCACCCUUGUCCUUCCAAGUGGUGCUCAGCCUCCUUGUCGAUCAUCUCAAUCACUUAGCCUCCCAAAUGUCCGAUAUCAUCUGUGCCUAUGGUGAUCCAGCCGUCGGCCCUCCUGUGAACCCAGUGGACUUUCAAACCCAGGCUCCUGAUGUGAGGCAAAAUAUUAAUUCAUGGGUGAAAAAUGAGACAAAUGGCCUGAUUCAAGACCUUAUUGGCGAGGAGUCUGUCAACAAGUCACCCCGGCUCGUCUUUACAAAUGCACUCUACUUCAAAGGAGCAUGGAAUGAGGACCGACAUAGUUCACCCUUCAAAGAGGACAUUGAAAAUAAAGAGACGGCUUCCUUCAACACUUCCAAGAGGAAAGAAUAUGGUAUAGUGGUUAUAGCAUGA